AUGGAAACGGGUCAUCAUCACAUGCUACUGCACACUCACUCAAAGAAGCGGCUCCAGACGCUGCACACCCCAACGGAGACUCAGAUGCAGUUCGAAUCCAGUCAGGAUGUUGUCAUGAUUUCCAAUGAAACUGAAGUCAAAUUGCACACCUUUGAACGUCUUCACGCCGAAGGUUUUGCUUAUCUGGCUGAUAAUUCCUACAUCCGUUCGGGUUACCGUUUGCAUUACUCAACCCGUGAUUGUUUCCUGUCGCUCUUUGAGCUACACAACGAGACUUUAAAUGUGUGGACACACAUUGUCGGCUCCUUCAUCUUCCUCAUGCUCAUGCUUUAUCUUGCAUUAUCUGGCCAUGCGCUGUCCCCUAUAACGGACACGACAAGCCUCGCGACGCCGCAGUCCUGGUGCCAUAACGACCAGCAGUGGAUGGUGGACGGACAUCAUACGCCGCGGAUGCUGCUGGCUGCGGGUCUGCCAGAGCUCUGUCUGUCGCCUACGGGAUGCGCUUCCCCCCCCAAGUACUACGAAGUGGCCAGCGUCAUCUUUGACCGCAGCUUGCAGCGACUGCCUAGUCUGGAGCGCUUCCAUGCGCUCGUGGAGAAAAAUGUUGGCGGCUUUUCUGACUCGGUCGGGGCGCAAUUGGAGCAGCUACGCAGCGAAUUAAGUGUACUGUCGGCGCGACUUGGAGGACGUAUGAGGGAUGUCCACUCGGAACAGGUGCAUUCACUCAAGAUACAGCUGGACCAGCGCGUAGAGUCGCUCUCGUUGUUCCUGCAGGACGUGGCCAGCCAAGUGGGGGCGGAUUUGCCCAUGAAGUACGUACUAGAGGAGCUGCACGGCGUGGCCGAUAGUUUACGCAACGGGCUACACAUAUUGGCGACUGCGGAGGGAUCCCACGAUGUUCCGCGCUGGCCAAUCUUUGCCUUCAUGGCCAGCGCGGUGAUAUGUCUCACGUGCAGUGCCGUCUUCCACUUGAUGUUCGUGGUGAGUCGCUCGGCCUUCACAUUCCUGUCGCGGUUGGACUACGCUGGCAUCACGAUUCUCAUCGCUGGAUCCUUCUACCCCAUGAUUUACUACUCGUUCUACUGCCACCCGUGGCUGCGCAGCGCCUACCUCGUCUCUAUCUCGACUAUGGCUGCGCUCACCUUCACUGUAGCGCUCAUGCCAGUCUUUAGCACUCCCAGGUUCCUCGUGGCACGCACAUGCAUCUUCCUGGCGCUAGGCUUCUUUGGCUUCGUUCCCGUGACGCAUCUGGUGUGGCACUUUGGGCUCUUUGACCCCCACGUUACGGUUAUGAUUGGCCCGCUGCUGCUGAUGGGGUUGCUGUACACGAGCGGUGCCAUCAUCUACGCUACCAAGUUCCCGGAACGCUUCUACCCUGGUCGCUUCGAUCUGUGGUUCUCGAGCCACCAGCUCUGGCACAUUUGCGUCGUGGCUGCCGCGCUCGUGCACUUUGCCAAUGCUUUGCAGCAGUACCAGUGGCGUUGGAACACGCAGUGUGAAGCAUAG